AAGAGCACUUUUCAAUCAAUCUCUCAACAUACCCUCUUUCAAGUGAGUUGACAUAUUCACGUCCUCUCUUCUAUUGUUGUUAGCCUUCCCAUUUUUGUUACAUUGAUUUUCAACAACACUCCUAGCUAAUUUAGUAACAUUUUCACUCCUAAAAGUUUUGUGUUAAUGGACUAUAUUGAUGUCCCUUCGUAUUUUCUUUGUCCAAUCUCCAUGCAACUCAUGGGAGAUCCGGUCACGGUUUCGACCGGUAUUACUUAUGAUAGAGAGAACAUUGAGAGAUGGUUGUAUGCAUUCAAGAACAACACUUGUCCAGUAACAAAACAAGUAGUUUUCGACGCCGAUCUAACUCCAAACCACACCCUCAGACGUUUGAUCCAAGCGUGGUGCACCCUCAACGCUUCACAUGGAAUUGAACGAAUUCCAACUCCAAAGCCACCGGUGGACAAAGCCCACAUCGUCAAACUCCUCAACGACGCAAAAAAGUCCCCACACACGCAGCUUAAAUGCCUCGGCAGGCUUAGAUCUAUUGCAUACGGUAGUGAGAGAAACAAGAAGUGUUUGGAGGCUGCCGGCGCAGUUGAAUUCCUAGCUUCAAUCAUAAAGGAAGAUGAAGAAGUAGGUUUGGACACCGGAAUCGAGUUCAAUAAGGUGAAAGAUGAAGCAUUGAGCAUCCUCAACCAUAUCCAGACCUCAGAAACAGAUCUAAGAAAACUUUUAGGUGAUGAAGGUGACUUUGUUGAGGCUUUAAUUCAUGUCAUGAAUGGUGAGAAUUACCAAUCUCGAACUCAUGCAAUAAUGCUAUUGAAAGCUAUUCUUGAGGUAGGUGAUCCGGUCCAUUUGAUCACCAUUAAGCCCGAUUUCUUCUUCGGGGUAGUCCAUAUUUUGCAAGAUCAAAAGAUCUUGAAUCAAGCCUCGAAGGCUGCAUUGAAGCUUCUGGUGGAGCUUUGUCCUUGGGGAAGAAACCGAAUCAAAGCAGUCCAAGCCGGUGCAGUUUCGGUCCUAAUAGAGCUUCUUCUUGACACAUCAGAAAUGAGAGCUUGUGAGCUUGUUCUGAUUGUGUUAAAUCAGCUAUGCAGUUGUGCAGAAGGGCGAGCCGAGUUGUUGAAGCAUGGAGCCGGAUUGGCUGUUGUGUCGAAGAAAAUACUUAGGGUUUCACAUACAGGCACUGAUAGGGCAGUGAGAAUACUGUCCUCAAUAUCUAGGUUUUCAGCAACUGAUAGGGUUCUUGAGGAAAUGUUGCAAGCGGGUGUUGUUUCAAAGUUAUGUUUGGUGCUUCAAGUGGACUGCAGUCUUAAGGCCAAGGAUAGAGCCAAAGAGAUCCUCAAAUUGCACUCUAGGGUUUGGAAGAACUCUUCCUGCAUUCCUCCUCAUUUGCUCUCUUCUUAUCCAACUUGUUGAGAGAUUCUAUUUUUUUUGUACAUAAUUGAAUUGACAAUAAUGGUUUGACCAAAAUUAUUAGUGAAAUUUGGAGAUGGGCUUUAUAUUGUUGUGCUUGCAAAAGUUUUGCACACUUCGUACUUGAAGUUGUAUUUGUGUUGAAUUAAUCUGGAGGCACCACUAUCUGAAA